AUGGCUGCGUACCAGUUUCUAUCGGCAAGCUUAGCAAGAGCAAGGAACCGGGCAACUUCAUCCCGUGAGCGACGUGAGGAGACGCGAAUGUUCAAUGGACCUGUUCGCCCUUUGAUCGCAGGAGGAGGCUUGGUAUGCGCACUUUGCGCCUAUACGACAGAUUCAGACGAAGACAUUCUGCACCUCGCAGACAGAGCCUCAACAGGCAGGCACAUGCGGUCGACUUCAGUUCAAUGUCGGUCUGGCAACAAACGGAAGCAUGUGCGACUGCGACCAGGUAUCUGCAAAAGCAUUAUUUGUCUCAAAGCCAUGUCGCAGGCUCAGAGUCCAGACUUCCACGCAGCAUCAGAUAUCACGCAUGUUAUAAUGGAGUCGCCAUCCGAGGAACCGGAGCGAACCUCCAGCGAUCAUUCCAACCACCACCCGAGAGCCAGCAAGGAUUCUUGCCGGGAAGAAGUCGACUCGAUGCAGUCUUUAUUACAGAUGACGAGCGAAAAGGUCGUGCGCAAUCUUUUUGACUACUACGAAUUUAAGAACUGGCUAGAUGGUCCGAAGAUUGACCUGUUCCUUCGACUGGGCAUAUUGGAUAUGGGCAACAAUAAUGUCUGUGUAUUUGGAGACCGUGAAGGCUGCUUUCGACCACCAUCGAACUACGACAGCCUCUGUAAAGCAUUUCAAGCUUUCUAUUUCUACGCCGAAGACCCUCUCUACGAAGAGCUACACUUCCGACUCGCAUUGUUGUACAAGAACACCGCCUGCGACCGGCAUAGGAUGACCAUCGAGACUUGUAAGACAAUGGCCGAGGAAAGGUUUUCUAAACUUGAGUCGUGGCGAAAGGAACAACUCAAGCCUCCUGGUGAACUCUCAGAUGAUCAAGACGAUAUCGUACCUGCUGUUCCGAACGAUAGAUGGUCGAAGAUACCGAGAAUGUUCAGUGCACCCGAGUUGACAAGAUCUCGAAAGGUGCGCAAAGCCCGGCCGGAAUUUGGAACCAGAGUUUCCGAGGAAAGCGACUCUAGUCCUGAAAACGUGCCUUCUACUCAUCCCGCACCUGUCCGCAGAGCACUUUCGACAUCCAGUGCUGGAAGUGUGAGGGUAGAUAGUAUCAUCAGAGCUUCUGGAGAAGAGUCUGACAGGAACAAAGAACUACAACAGACUCAGGAAGCACUCGAAGGCAUACCAAAGCCCACGCAAGCACCUACUCUACUCUAUGGGGUUAGGGUUGAGCAGACCAAUGGAAAGGAGAAUCGGAGAAGUGUUCUUCAAGGAUUCCGAGAUUGGAGAUCGAAACGCAAGGAAAACAGGACGAGUAGAAUAUAUUGA